AUCUCGCUUUCUACAAACAAUAUGCCAGGCGAUCGUGGAUCCCGUUUCUGUCGUUUCUGCUUUAGACAGGGACACGAAGAUACCCAAUGUCAUUAUCUCACCCUGUGCCGUGGCCUUUAUGAACUAGUACGUUGAACUGGUUUGUCAUAGUGCGACUACUAAUCCUUGUGCAUUCUCUCAUGGUCUCGAACCGACCUGGAAGCAGAAUAGGUCUUACUGAAACUCGGGGGGCGCUCGACAGACUGGCCAACCGUCGGAUAAGAAAUAGACGCCGAAACAUCAGACGCCGCGAACGUGCCCGAGCUCAGAUGACGAAUGUCGCGAGGCGUGGAAAUCAUGCCAUGAAUAUUAGCCGCCGUGGUCCUGUUCAUGCCGCUGCGACAUAUCAGAGGGUUCCAUCUACUACGGUUAGACAGCCUGUUGUUCCCGCAGCUGCACCGACCUCUGGCAAUGCAAUUGCUCAAGCCGCUCCGGGGGAACAAGUGACACUGUCUGUGCUUCACCCACCGAGAGUACCUGUCCACGAGCCAGAGCGUGUAUCAUCAGUCGCGACUGCGACCAGUGACACGGACGUAACUAUGGGAUUCGAAGAACCCAACAUCGGUGGCAUGGCGGUAGAUGCUAGUCAACCACAACCUGUCGAUGAUCUCAUCAGUUUCGAUACACUCGACACAGCUGAGGACGAAGUCGUGGUGAUAUCCAGCCAUACUAGUGAUGUCGUCGAAAGCCACUGUGGAGAACUAUUCACGAUUGUGUAACUGGGCCUGUGGUUACUACUAAGUACUACGUUGCUAUGGUAAAGACACGUGUGCCUGUAUCAGAUCUAUCAGAUUUCGCUGACGCUCUGUGUUUGUCAUGAAUGCCGUGGAGUGUUUUUAUUGCUUUGGGUCGAGAUAUGAGCUAAUCUCGAACCUAUUGGUCACGAAGAAUUGCUUUGAACCACUGAAGGGGAUAUGUGAACCAAGUUGUAUCUAGACCAGAAAAGCCUGAGAGGAGUUACCACAUUGUGCGUGAUUAUCUA